GUCACAUGAUUCCUGAGCCGCGGUGGAAAAAGUGCGGAAGAAAGUAAUGAACCCGAGAAAUACCUGCAGAAAGAAACGAAGAAAUCUGGACUUCAUUGCAGCAGAGAAGAAGAACGGAGAUGCCAGAAUUACACAAUGAACUGAGCUGAGAAGCCCUGAUAUUUUUUUUUACAGCUCCAAGGUUUCAGAGCCUAUUGUUAGAAAAGAAGAACAGGAAAGCUUCUCUUGUCCAGAUGAGGUGUUUGUUGAUAGCCAGCGAGAGCGCUGAGGUGCUCUUCCACUGGAAUGACCGGGAAUAUCGGCAGAAUAUUCAGCAGAAGUAUGGUGUUUCUCAGGAGGGAGGCGAGGGGCUCCCUGCCUUUGAGGACAUCUUGAGCACUUUGUUUGCUCCCAUCAUUAUCUCCUGCAGCACCUUGGAGGACAGUUACACUACCUUCACUACUGAGAACAACCAUGUCUAUGUUCUACACCAGUUUGAUGAGUGUCUCUACAUUGCUGUGAACGGGGAUGGCGGAGAAAAAGAGGACGACCUCAGGAGAAAAAUAUACGUGCUGAAAAAGAUGAUCGAGGUCAUGUUCGGCAUGGUCACGCUCAGCGGGAACCUCCUGAGGAAAGAGCUGCGACCUCAGGACACGGAGCAGAGAGCCAGGCUCUGGAAGUAUCUCCACAGCCUGCUGGACACCUACAGCCUCCUCCGGGAGAACGACCAGAGCUUCUUAGUGGAGGCAGUAGAGAGGUUAAUUCACCCCCAGCUCUGCGAACUGUGCAUAGAGUUCCUGGAGCGCCGCUUAGUCCAGCAGCUCAACAGCAGUGUGGAGCGAGCAGGAGAAGAAGUUCUGCACGCCUUUGUCCUGGUUCACACCAAGCUGCUCGCCUUCUACUCCAGUCGCAAUGCGAGCAUCCUCACCCCCUCAGACCUGCUGGCCCUCAUUGUCAUGGCACAGGACAUGUAUCCCAGUAAUAUCGAUCUAGACGACACGAGUCCUGAGGAUGUUGAAAGUACAUCUGGUUCCGGUCCAGAAAGUUUUUACACCCCAGAACCGUCCCCGUCCAGUAGAGGGUCCAGCGGCUCAGAGAAGGCUGGGCGAGGAGAAACUCCUGUGUUUGAGUUUGUGGACCCAGAAAUCCAGAUGGCAGAAGACAGCUUGCACACUUUGGAAAUUAGCCCACUGGACCCUUCAAGCCCUCGAAGAGUUUUCCUUGAGGUUUCGCACAAAGACGGGCUAUAUCCCAUGAUGCCCCACUCCAUGUACUGCCUCUCGCUGUGGCCCGGUAUCACACUAGUGCUGCUCACUAAGAUUCCCACCAGUUCAGUGGCCAUGUCGGUGUAUAAGUAUCUGGAGGACUUUGACAAGCUAGAAAAACGUUUACAUGAAGGCCAUGGAGGUCCCCCAUCAGCAAGAAGUCCUCUCAAUAUGCAAGAUAUACGCACCAAAAUGGAUAAAUUCAUCAAGGCUUUGGGGACCAGUGAGUUACAGUCUGCACACUUACAAAAUGUCUGGGUAGAGUUUAAGACCCGAGCAUACACUAAAGGAGGCCCCGGGUUCAACAAAGAGCUAAUCCCGUGGUGUAAGAACAUGAAGACCCAGCUGUGUGGCAUAUACAGACAGUGUUUUCUGUCUGAUUCUGCAGAUCUUACUCAGCGUCUCUCCGCAGGUCUGCAGGAGCGAGCCCAGGCUAUGGUUCGAGAGAAACUGAUGGACUGGAAAGACUUCCUGUUGGUUAAAAGCAAGAGGAACAUAACCAUGGUGUCUUACCUGGAGGAUUUCCCGGGCCUCGUCCAUUUUAUCUGCGUGGACCGGUCGACUGGCCAAAUGAUCGCUCCGUCACUCAGCAUCACGGAGCGCACUACGUCUGAGCUGGGGAAGGGGCCUGUGGCCAAUUACAUUAAAAACAAGGUAUGGGCCCUCGUCAGGACAACCCGCCGCUAUCUUCAGAAAGGUUAUUCUACUGUUACACUGCGUGAUGGAGAUUUCUACUUCUGCUACUUCCUCUGGUUUGAGAAUGAAACUGGGUAUAAGUUGCAGCCAGUGGACAUACCGGUUCUACCCGAUGACUCUCCACCCAUUGGGAUGCUUGCCUGUGAUUACUACAAGAGGCUCCUGCGAUACUACAGCAAGAACCAUAAGGGGGAGACGGUGAAGUGCUACGAGCUGCUCACCGUUCACCUGGGGGUCAUCCCCACAGAGAUCAUCCUCCAGCACUGUAGACAGCUGGCAAGCAAACUGUGGGAGCCUUCACGCAACCUGCUGCUGUAGAACAAACAUCAUCCUCAAACAGGGAGUCCAGAAAGUGUCCAUCUUUUUGUUUCAUUAGGAGCCAACAGGAAAAACGGCUUCCACCUGUGAGCCAGGUGGAGGCCUCUCUCAGGUUUCUAUUUCUUUUUUCCUGAUGUUUUUGUGUAAAAAUGCUGAAAUAAUUUAUAAGAAACAAAUGCUCAAAUUAGCACAAUCAACCGACCCGGUGAAUUAACACAGUGUCUUUCAUCAACCCCCUCAACCUCAAAUCACACUCUGCAUCCUUGAAGAUUUGUUUCCUAUUUAUUAGCAAUGCACAUGUAUAUAUAAUUUAUGUAAAUGUUUCACCAUUUUAAAGUUAGCAGGAUUUGUAUUUUUAAAAGUGAACAUACUGUAUAUUUUAACUUUCAGCAUUAAUUACAUAAAGGAUCUAAGCAAGUAAA